CGUAGUUGCCAAGGUUAAAAUGCAAAAAGUCUGAGGAUCAGAUUUAAUGUUUGGAUCGAUAUGAAACCUCUUAUAUGUUAAAAAAAAAGAGGAAUGAAGAGAGGCUUUCAACCGGUCCUGCACAGCAGAACAUUGACAUUGAUCCAGAGUUUCACCAUGUCAAGUGGAGUUUUGGGCCGCCUGGGUUCGCUGACUUUGAGUGUACAGCAGCUGAGUCAACUACCACACUUGUCGAACUGGUUGCCCCGUCUACCUUCACCUCAAGCCACCGUACUUGCCUCUGAUGUGCCAAGCCUGUUUCGUGAACCCUAUAUCUUGUCAGGCUACCGUCCGGUGCAUCAGGAAUGGUGGAGCUACUUUUGUAGCCUCUUUCAAUGCCACAAUGAGUUGCUCAAUACAUGGACACACCUGCUGGCAAUCCCUGUCAUUCUACUCCAAUUUUCUUUAUUUGCAGGGACAUGGGGGCUGACGCUCAACAUGGCGUCUUUGCCUCUGUUUUUGUAUGUGUUGUCAUCACUUAUCUACCUCAGUUUCAGUGUGGCCGCCCAUCUGCUGCAGUCACACUCUGAACUAGCUCAUUAUUCCUUCUUCUUUGUAGACUACGUUGGUGUAGCUGUUUACCAAUAUGGCUGCUCACUAGGCCACUAUUUUUACUGUUCGGAGCCAGCGUGGAGGAGCAGCCUAGUGGGUGUUUUGUUUCUGCCUGGUGCCGCAGUCCUGGCCUGGUUAUCCUGCACCAGCUGCUGCUAUGCCAAAUUACGUUACCACCGUCCGUACCCUCUCUGCCGGAAGAUCUGCCAGAUCAUUCCCACCAGCCUGGCAUACAUGCUUGACAUUAGCCCAGUAGCACACCGCCUAGUCACCAGAUCUUGGGAUGAGCCGGUGUUGGUGUUUCAUGCUCUGCAAGUGGGGUUUUUCAUGUUAGCAGCUCUGUUUUUCUCUUGUCCUGUUCCUGAGCGCUUCUUUCCAGGGAGAUGUGACAUUGUGGGCCACGGACAUCAGAUCUUCCAUAUCUUCUUGGCCAUGUGUACUAUGUGCCAGCUGGAAGCAAUGUUUAGAGACUUUCUGGUGCAUCGGCAUUCUGUUGUAUAUGUGCAUGGAGAACCCUUCAUCUUAUUAGCUGGAGGAUCAUUCUUCUUGUUGGUGUUGUGCAGUGUUCUGACUGCAGUUCUUAUGAGAGGAGCUCUGCAAAGGCAACUAAAGAAAAAAGUCUGA